AUGUGCAUCGCCCUAAUUGCGACCUCGCACCCCAAAUACGCCCUCAUCGUCCUCGACAACCGCGAUGAAUACGUGCUCCGCCCCACCAGCCGGCCCUCGUGGUGGACACACGCCGAGUCGGGCCACUCGGUGUUGUCGGCGGUCGACCUCCACCGACGCGAGCACGGCACCUGGAUGGGUAUUACCAAGCAAGGACGACUCGCUGUGCUGACUAAUUAUCGCGAGACCAACUGCAAUGACCCGGAGCACCCCAUCAACGGAGUGAAGAGCCGGGGCGGCAUGGUGACGGCGUGGCUGGGCGCGCCCGAUGAACAGGAUCUGCAGGAUUUUGUGAUAAAGAUGCUGGAGGGCAGAAUGGUGAAAGGCGUCGGUGGCUUUUCGCUGAUUUGUGGGGAUUUGAAGAGGAAAGGGAAGAAGGAGAUUGAGCCGCUGGCGAUUAUUUCGAAUCGGAGUGAAGGGUUGGACAGUGUGCCUUGGAUUGGCGGGGAGAGGGACAAGGUUUGGGGCUUGAGUAACACGGUGUAUACGGAGCCCGCGACGUGGAAGAAGGUUAAGCUGGGCAAACAGCUGCUGGAAGAAGCUAUUCGAAAAGCGGUGGAGAAGGAUCUCGACGAGGACGAAUUGACGGAGGCUCUGUACUCUGUGCUCGAUACCGACACGCUCCCGCUCAAGCCCGGCAUGAAGUUCGAGGAGUUUCUGGAUGCGUUGCAGGAAUCGAUAUUCGUACCAGCAAUGGAUGACGAGACCAAGAGCCAAGAAUGGAGGACCACAGCUGAAAGUAAGAAGAUGAAGGUGGCGUUCAACGCGAUUGAAGACGAGAGUUGUGAGACAAUUCAGCAUGCGGGGUUAGAGGCGCCCGUUAUGUUUGACACGGGACCGUACGGCACGCAAAGACAGACCAUUAUACUGGUCGACUGGGAAGGGAAUGUUACGUACAAGGAGCGGGCUCUGUGGGAUGCUGACGGCAAUUCAAUUGAACGUGGCAAGGGAGACAUGACGUUCAAAUUUGCGGUCGAUGAGUAG